UGCGUUGCACAUGUGUGUCGACGAAAUACGACGUACUACCAUUUAGCAAUGCUUUUGCAGUCAGCAUCAUAAGUAGUUUGCACCAGCUGGCCAUGCUAACACAUUCAUGUAGCUAAUAAGAAGAUUAGUUGGCGGAGGGUGCUUCUUCGUUUGCAUCUCUUAUGACGAAGACGUGAGCUGAGGAGCGGUAGAGCGGUUGAGUGGUCUCUAACGUUACCUCUCUCUAUGGCUCUGGUCUCUACGUGAUCAUUUAGCACUCUAUCAAAAAAGCUAGCGAGUUAGCUUGCCAUGUAAACUAGAUAAUCAUUGGUGGGCUUAUGAACUUUUAAGGUACCUCACAAGUCAACAACCUACGAAGUGUGAUGGAGCCUGCGAUGGAGAGAUGACGUGACCAAAGAUUGCCUUGAGCUGAGCUGCUACAACAGACCAACGGGUGGAAGGUGAACAGAACACGUUGCCUUCAGCUCCAGUGAUGGAUACCUGGACGCCCAAUCCUCGUGCCAAACCUUUCAUCCCGCGCCACCAACGCAGCCUCUACCUCUCAUGGAAAUACAAACUCUCCAACAAGAGGGCUAUACGACGAUUCUGUCAGGCUGGUGCAGUGCUAUUUUUACUGGUGACAGUCAUCGUUAAUAUAAAACUCAUACUGGACACCAGAAGAGUGGCCAGUGAGGAAGAGGCUGUACAAGAGUAUGAUGAUGUGCUGCCUAAUAUGGAGACCCCAAGAAGACCGUCCAGUGGCCGCAAGGUUCUUGAUAUUGAGGUGUACUCCAGUCGCUCAAAGGUCUAUGUGGCAGUGGAUGGAACCACUGUUCUUGAAGAUGAGAUGCGAGAGCAGGGCAGAGGCAUCCAUGUGAUCGUCCUUAACCAAGCCACGGGCCACGUCAUGGCCAAGCGGGUGUUUGACACAUACUCUCCGCAUGAGGAUGAAGCCAUGGUCCUCUUCCUUAACAUGGUGGCGCGUGGCAGGGUGCUCAUUUUCACCAUUAAGGACGAAGGAACGUUCCAUCUGAAGGAGUCAGCGAAAAACCUGCUGAAAAGCCUGGGCAGCCAGGUGGGCAUUGGCCUCAGCUGGAGGGACAUGUGGACCCUGGUGGUCAAGAAAGGAGGUCAGGUGUACGGAGAGAAACACUCCAAAUCCCCAGCCCUCUCCACCUGGGGUGACCCUGUGCUGCUGAAGACAGAGGUGCAACUCACUGCGUCAGAAGAGGCCGAGUGCCACUGGGCAGACACGGAGCUCAACCGGAGACGGAAGCUCUUCUGCAGUAAGGUGGAGGGCUACGGGAGCAUCUGCAGCUGCAAGGACCCGGCACCCAUCGAGUUCAACCCUGAUCCAUUGCCUGUCAAUAAUGUCCACAAUGUCCCACUGGCAGUGAUAGCAGGAAACAGGCCAAACUAUCUUUACAGGAUGCUCCGUUCACUGCUCUCUUCCCAUGGGGUCAACCCUCAGAUGAUCACGGUCUUCAUAGAUGGCUACUAUGAGGAGCCCAUGGAUGUGGUGGAGCUGUUUGGCUUGAAAGGGGUCCAACACACACCUAUUAGCAUCAAAAAUGCACGGGUGUCACAGCACUACAAGGCCAGCCUGACUGCUACGUUCAACCUGCACCCUGAUGCUGAAUUUGCCAUUGUGCUGGAAGAGGAUCUGGACAUUUCAAUAGAUUUCUUCAGCUUCCUCAGCCAGACCAUUCAUCUGCUGAGAGAGGAUGACAGUGUCUAUUGCAUCUCCGCCUGGAACGACCAGGGCUAUGAGCACACGUCAGAGGACCCGGCGCUGCUGUACCGUGUGGAGAGCAUGCCUGGCCUGGGCUGGGUGCUGAAGAAGAGCCUCUACAAGGAUGAGCUGGAGCCCAAAUGGCCAACACCAGAAAAGCUGUGGGACUGGGACAUGUGGAUGCGUAUGCCAGAGCAGAGGAAGGGGAGAGAGUGUGUGAUUCCAGAUGUGUCGCGCUCUUACCACUUUGGCAUCAUUGGCCUCAACAUGAAUGGAUACUUCCAUGAAGUGUAUUUUAAGAAGCACAAGUUCAACACUGUGCCAAAUGUCCAGCUGAAGAAUGUGGAUGGCCUGAAGAAGGACGCCUAUGAGCUGGAGAUUCAAAACCUGUUACGGGAUGCUGAGAUUCUGGACCACUCUAAGAACCCCUGUGAGGACUCCUUCAUCCCUGAUACUGAGGGGAAGACGUAUGUCAUGUUUAUCAAGAUGGAACAGGAGAGCGACACCAACACUUGGACUGAGUUGGCAAAGUGUCUACAUGUGUGGGACCUGGACAUGCGGGGCAAUCACAGAGGCCUGUGGCGCCACUUCAGGAAGAAGAACCAGGUGCUGAUGGUGGCCGCUCCCUUCUCCCCUUACUCGUCCAAGAAGCCCCCCCAGAUCACUCCCAUCCACCUAGAGCCUCCACCCAAAGAGGAGGGGGCCCCCGUGGAGCAGAUGUAGCCCCCGGCCCCGCUGCCUUAACACACUCCGUCCGGCCUUACAGCACCACCACUACCCACGACCCCCACUAACUGCCCGGUAAGCCUCACCUGAGGAGGCCAGGCAGCUGUUGGGGAGGGGUGACCAGGGAAUGGGAGGUCAGUCUCCACCAUGCCUGCUUGCGGGGACACUGGACUGAACGAGCACCUGACAUAAUGGCCCCAAGGAGGAGGCCGGUGUUCGGUGGACUGGGAUACUGUGGGACAUGUGACUGCACUGUGGGCACAGCUAUCUUCAACUCUCACACAGACACUGUGUCUGUGUCUGUGUCUGUGUGUGUGUGUGUGUGUGUUGAGGUACAAUGGAAUGGUCUGCUGUGUGUCUGUGUGCGUAUGUCUCUGUGUGUGCUGAUUCCUCUCAAACAUAGGCAUCUAAGGGACUGGCUGAAAACACUACUGAGAGCUUUUCAUCCUGUAAAUGCAUUUUAACUUAAGUCUAUUUAUUUUGCCAGUACUGGACUAAGCAGUGGUUUAUUUUAUUUAAUCCACUUUUAUACAGAAAAGAGAAGAAAAGCCUAACAUUGCUUAAAGUACAUACAUAUAUUUUUGGAGGUAAAAAAGUGAGUGCAUUAUUUUACAACAUAAACUGAAAACCGUGUGUAAGGUACCUGAACUGUAUUGCAAUCCUCAGAUGAAAAUCAUUGAGAUGAUGGUUGUGUCACACUUUAAAAUCCUAAUUCCAAUCAAAUGAAGGGAUUAGGAAGCAAUGAUAAGUACAAGAGUUCAAUGUCAUAUCACUAUUCCUGCUGCACACUAUUAAGCAAUGGUGCACUGUAUCUGAAAUCUGUAAGCCCUUAAUAAGGAAUUCUUUAGUUCUGUCAAUGUUUCACUUGAGGGCAGCCAAACAAACUAACACUUGAAAAUUAUGUUUUAUUAUUGUUUGUUUGUUGUUUUUAUUGCAUAUAACUCUAAAGUUUGAUCCAUGAAAGUAUUGCUGUGUGAUUUGAUUUUUAGAAUGUUCCGGCAGAAUCAGACUCCCCGCUACUCCCGUAGGGUCUUUUUCAUUCACUCUUUUUAUUACCUGUGGCACCAGAUGGUGGGAUGCGUUUGAAGUCAUGUGCUCUGCAGUGCUUAGUUUUGACUUUGCUGUGUUGUGGGUUUUUAAGCACGCAGCAGAGAAUGGUCCUAAAUGAUGAACAAUCUUCCUAUUGUUGUCAGUAGUAUUUCUAAGGCGUCGCUGAACAGUCACAAGGUACCUUGGCCUUCUGCACUGUGGAUAAUGUUCAGUGUUAGCAGUGUGGAAAAGAUCAUUUGAAUGACUGUUGAUGAGAUUGUUAUAUAGUCUCCUAUAUGUGGACACCUAUUAUGAAUUUCCUUUAAUGUUGCAGUACAAUUUGCUUUUCUUUGCAAUGGCAAGAACUGCAUUUGACAUCAAUUGAUGUAUGCCACUUAUACAACUGUGAUGUCACAUGUUGGUGAAAUCACUAAAACAUAGUGUGGACACAACUCCUGCUGGUCUUGGUCACCCAGCAGGGUACAAUUCAGUUGUUGACUUGUUUUUAGGAACACCUGGGGAUGUGACGUCUGGAGGACACCUUUUGUCUUUUUCAGAUACUGGGUUCUUCUUUGUAAUACCUUUUUUGUUGAUCUCCUUUUGAAAGUAUUCACUGAAUAAAUGAUAUUGUUUAUAAUAAA